GAUUCAAUAUAUCGUAGAAAGAUACAUCAUUUUGACAACGAUAAACAUACCGGUGUAUUGUAUUGUAAACAACAGAAGAAAGAACAAACAUCAAGCGAGAUCAUGACUAGGACAAUGUUUAGAGCACUUUAUCCUGAAAGUUGUGGAUACAAAUACGUAAUAGGAGGUACAACUAAAAAUUUGCGUGAAAGUACUACUCUUGAAAAAGUCAAACAAUUUCAUGAAAAAUUCUACAGACCAGAAAAUUUUACUGUAUUGAUAAUGGGUAAGAUAGAACACUGCAAAAUUUUUCAGGCUUUACUGCCGUUAGAAAAGAAACUAAGUUUAAAAAAAAAAAAUGAUAUAUUUAAGAGACCUUGGCAAACUUCGAUUAACCAGCUCACAGAGAACGUAAUUGUGGACGUCGAAUUACCAUGUAGUGAAAAAACCAAUGCCGAGGUGUAUGUUGCUUGGCGAGGACCGUCAGUGGUUACCCAAAUGUACGAAUAUCACGGUUGUAAAUUACUCGUAAAAUACAUCGUGCUUUUAUUCAAUGCAAAACAAUUAUGGAUGGAGAGAUCAAUGCCUGAAUUGUAUAAUGAAAACAUUUUGCCUGUUAAUAUAAAGUACGAUUUUUUCAUACAUUCAGUUUCGAUCUUGCGUGUGCGUUUUUCGAAUGUAUUAGGAAGAAUUGAUCUGAUCAAACAAUCUCUUGACAACGAAAUUAGCAAAUUAUGUACAACUAGUAUAGAUAUGAAGAUAAUAAGAAAGUUAAUUCGAAACAUUAUUCUUGAACGACAAUGUAAACUAAAAAGCAAUCCGCACGCUAUAAUACAACAGUCAGUCUUUGAUCAUAUAGUGUAUGGGAAUACAAAUGAUGAUCUAAAUGAACGAUUAAACACUAUACGUCAACUGAAGAAAUUACAAACCGAAUCUAAAACGUAUUUUGUAAACUUGGCUAAGACUUAUUUUCGCGACGCACCAACGGUUGUUGUAAAAGGCAAACCAAGUUCAGACGAGUAUCGUAUGGUGAAAAACGAAAAAAUCUAUAUAAAUAAACACAUCGCAAAGGAAUCUAUACCUACCAAAAUACUGACGAGUGUGCCUAUACCUGGCAUAGAUUCUAUCACAUUUUAUCAAAUUGAGAAUUAUACCACGGAAACG